AUGGGUCAACAGGUAUCUUUAGCUGAUUUGAAAAUACCCGAUUUAUUUGCAACGAAUACUCAACACUCGGAUGAGGUAUCAUCCACAAAUGAAACCGAAGAUAUUCAUUUAUUUUUACCAUUCAACAUCGUUAACGAAAUCAAUAAAAAUUCCCAUUCGUUUCAUAAUCAGAAAAGUUCAAAUGAACUAUCGAUUACCAAACAAACAUUGAUCAAUCAUAUUCGAAAUGAUAUAUCUGUGUUCUCGAAUUUAUCUGGAGUCAAUGAAUUCAACACGGGAAUUGCAGAAAUAAUCAAAAAAAUAUUCGAUUAUAUUGAAACGACGAAUACUACUCUACGAAAUUCUAUGCAAUCGACUAUUACUAAACAGAAACAAUUGAAGAAUUCCUAUGUUGAAAAAUUAAAAGACGAUGAAAAUGAAAAUACUUCUAUAUUUUCUGAAAUAUUGAACAAUUCCGAAAAAAUAUCCGAUGAACAACAAGCAAAAGAACUAUCGUUUUUUGCUGUUCAAUCUUUCAUAAAUAUACUAUUGGUGUUACUCGAAUCAGUGCAAAAAUCUGAUUUUACGAUCGUUCAUCAAAUGCUUUCCUUGACAAUUCGACUCGUUGAACAAAUCCCAUUGAAUUAUCUUUCAUCUGAUGUCUACAAAAGAUCGCACAAUUUAUUUAAAUCUUUAAAACCAUUAAUUAAUUAUAUGCAGCAAUUAUCACUACAAACUGAUAUCGAUCCGAUUGCAGCAAAUCAAUCAAUUGAAAUUUUAUUUAAUUUUUCUACUGUAAAAGCAUCAUUCAAAGAUAUUCUACCAUUAAUUAGAAAAUUAAUUUUCAACACGAAUGAUAUUUUUGAUAUAAGAAAAUUACUUAUUAAAUUAAACAAGCAUCUUACGAUGACGAUCGAUCGAUUCGAAAAAGAAAAGCAAACAUCAUCUGUGACAACACAAGAUCAAAACACAACCGGAGCAGUAGUGUCAAUUGAGAAAACCUUGGAUAUUGAACAGAGGCUUCUGGCUGCUGAGGAAUAUCUCAAGUCGAUUGAAGCAUUUCCCAAUACACAAUUGAUUCAAUUAAACGAAAAUAAAUUCACUGGUCAAUUCAUAUGUUCAAUAUUACUCGUUCACAUUGAUUUACACAAUCAACUUCAUGCAAAAUCACAAUUUGAACGUGAUUCGAUGAAUGGAUCAUUUUCAUUUGAAUUAGAAUCAGAAACAUUUAAAUAUCUGUAUGAAAUAAUCGAACAAUUAACAGCAGAACCGUUCGAUGCAAAUUUUGAAUAUAUUUUGAAUGUUUGCUUAAGAUUAUUCACAACACAUUUACAAUUUUUAGUGACUGCAAACUUCGAUAAUUUUCAUGAAUUUUUAAACGAACAUGAUAUUGAAAAAUGGUUCGUGCUGUUGUCUAAAUUAGCUUUUGAUGAUAAAUUGCAAGAGAGUCAAAAGGAAGCUUCACAAGCAUUAACCUAUUUGAUUGAAAAACAAGCAUCAUCGUUUGAUAAAAUGUUAACAUUCAUUCAUACGCAUAUCAUUGAAAACAAACAUCCAAUAUUAAGCGAUCAGUUAUUAGAAAAACUAAAUCAACAAGUAUUCAUAAACAAAUGGAUUGAAGCGCUUUGUAAUACUCAAGAAAGCACAUUAGCAUACACAGUUUUACAUUUAUUCAUUGAUAUUAUCUUAAAAUCGACUUCCGUAGACAUUGAACAAGUUAAUCGCUUGCGAAAAAUUAUAAUCAUGUUUCAAGAAUUACUUUUAGUUCACUUAAAUAAUCAACCAGUCGAUAUAUCUGAUGAACUUGAAUCAUCGGCUCUAUCAACACUUGGCAUAGAAUAUACACGACAUGUAAUCAAAGUUUGUCUUCAACAAGAAAUUCGAAGUGUUUUAUUCGAACCACUUCUUCUUGGUCUAUGUGCUCUGACUGAAUCAAAAUUUAACUUUGCUAUCAUACAACCCAUUUUUGCGAUUAUCAUGCCAUUAUUUGCUGAAUACUUAACACAGACAAAAAUCGACGCAGACGAUAAAACUAGUUAUUUAAUUUCAUGGCUUUUAGGAAAAAUGAGCGAUCGUUUAAUGAUCGGUCCGCCACAGAGUCCAUUAGAGAAAAAAUAUAAUACAACAUUGAAAUUACCAUUAUUUUCUGGCGGCUAUGAAACUCUAACAGCAGAUGUAAACCCAUAUCUAUCGAAUUUAUUCAAAUCUGACUUAACUAUUUACAGUCGAUAUUUUAUGCCAUUGCGACGACAACAAUCGAUAUUAGACAAUGAUUUUUUAAUUUCAAUUUAUCGCAAUAAUGAUCAAGGCGCACAAUUAAUAUCAAAAAUGAAAUUAUUCAUUCGAAUUAAACAAAACAUAUUACAAUCGGUUGAAGCCGUUGCUGAUGAAGCAUGUGCUGCAGUAUUCGCUGUUUAUAUUAAACAUUAUCGUCGUAUUGAGCUAGCUCAAGAGGAGUUAAGUCGACCGAUUGAGCAAAAACCGCAUGCUAAACUUCUCUUACUCUAUGAAUAUGCCAAUCAAGUACGAAUAGUUUUUGCAACGACAAAAGCUCGAGGUGGUGAUUGCGAUGAAAUUUGUAAGAAAAUAAAAAAGGACGCAUUAUUAUUACUCUUAUCAGUCAGGGAGAGCUCUUUCAUUCCAAAAAUCAAAGAAAAUUUCUCAUUACUAAAUGUUACUACGAAAAAAACUCAAUUAAAACGACAACAAUCGCGUGAGACAAAAGCAAAGUAUUUUAUUCGACUACUUCGUAAUACAUUAAAUGCUUGUAUACGAUUAAAACAUUUGAUGUUGGAAAAAAAACGAACCGCUGUUGAAGAAAAGAAAGAUUGCGAAAGUAUUAUGCAUCGAGCCAUUGUAUCUUGUCUGUAUGGAAAUGACAAAGUGACAUCUGGAGGAAGCGCGAAAUUGAAAAUUGAAUUCGAUGAAAUUGUUAAAUGUCUCUCGCGACAAUAUCAACGAGCUAUGACGAGAUUGAUUACUUAUCGAUUUAUUGAACAAGUAAUUAUUACUAGCCAGGACAGUAAUCGAAUUGUGAACAUUUUGUUUAUGAAUUUAAAAGAUAAUAAUUUAGAUUGGCAUUAUCUUGAAAAUAUCCAAGCAUCAAACAAUCAAUUGAAAGAAGAUAUUGGACAUUUGUAUCAUAAAAUUGUUAAAAACAUAUUAUCAUUUUCCACGGAAUCUAACAUGAAAACAUUGCUCGUGGUACAUGUGUUUAAUCUGAUCAAUCUAAACUACGAUUCAAUGGAUUUAUGUCUUUUGAAUAAUUUUCAAUUUAUUCAAGAGCUAUUUGGUUCAUUUAUUAGCUUUACCGAAAUAGAUACGACAAGUGUCGAUUCGACGAAUAUAAAACUCAUCGCAUUCAAUUGGUUUCGUCUAGUUGUAUUAAAACUAUGCGAAAAUAUCGAAUUGGAAGAAUUACGAUAUAUACAUCUCGGCACUCGGAAAUUUCAUCAUACCUUACAACAACAAUGUAAUUUAGUUUUUAAUAAAUUAAUUUUAACUGAACUCAAACAAUUGCAACAAAAUAAAUCGACAUCCGAAACAAAAUGCGGAGACCUAUCGUUUAAAAAUGUUUCCCUUCGUUCUUUUGUUGCAUCAUCAAAAUUCGAUGUUGACAUUUGUAUUCAUCAAUAUUUAAUGCUUCUACUUCGUUGUGUUCAUUUAUAUGAUCAUAUUCGAUUGAAUUAUGCUACAAUGGAUUUUAUUGAACAACUAUUCAAUUUAUAUCAUACAAGUCAAUCGCUUAGUAUUCGUCUACUCACACUGAAAAUUCUACGCGAUCUAUUAGUAUUCUUACCAGAGAAUACAAAUAGAUCUUUUGUUGAAAAUCUAUUGAAGAAAAUUUUGUUUUCUAUUGGUCAAAAUUUUAAUUUAUUAGAAACCGAAAAAAUAGAUCUUGAUAUUAUCAUUGAAUUUAUCUAUAUCUAUCGUACGAUUAUGUCAUAUAAUUCACCAUGGAAAAAGUUCGCAACUCAAUUGCUUGUCGAUGCAAUAAAAUCGUGUAUGAAUUUCAAUUUCAGAUCAUUAGAAACGGUUGAAUUACAGCAAAUGAAUUUCUUUCUUGCAUCCAUAUGUAUCUUAGGUGGUUAUGUUCCACCGUAUUGUUUGGGAUCAACUGUAGAAAUCUAUUCAACUGAUAUAAAUAUGGAUGAAUUACAACCUGGAAUUAUAAUUGAGAUCAGUAUGGACGCUCUUGAAUCGGAUUCAUCCGAUUCUAAACCUUAUCUUGUACAAUACGCAGUCACGAAUCAAACUGAAUGGGUUUCGUCAAAUAAAAUACGUAUCAUUGUUGAUGUUCUACCAACAAAUCUCUCACUUUUGCCAAUCGAUAAUGCAGUGCAUACUAUUCUGGAUACAUUAGGAUUUCUUGCACAAAUCGAUACAUCAAUCAGUGAUUCGUUGAUGUUAUUAGAUAUAAAAUGUCGUGCCGUAACAGCAUUCUAUGCUGUAUUGAGUUAUAAACAAGUCAUUGAAAUUUUCAUGCAAAAACCUUAUGCAUCCAUUAUUGCUAAACUAUCGACUUCAAUGGACUAUCUUGUUUCAGUUCGUAGUACCAUACCAAAUGAUUUACGAUUGUUUAAUAGAUUACAUUUGGAACAGUAUCAUCUAAGUUUAGAUAGAUGUGCAAGAAAAAAUCAAAUCGUCGAAAACAAACUUGACAUUAUUCAUAAUAUUCGCGAUCCUAUUAUUCUGCAAUAUCUAUCUGAAACAAGUUCGAUAGAUGAUGACUGGAAACCGAUUGCAUUUAAAAGUGAGAUAAAAUCCUACAAAAAAGGUCGAUUGGGAAAUAAUGAAAUUAACAUUAUUUCUGUGCCUGCCAAUGAUAAUAUACCGGCUUUAGAAGAAUGCGGUAUCAAGCAUAAAUUCAAAGGACGAAUUAACAUAUGCGAUGACACUGGAAACAUUCGAUAUCGAACUUUUAUUCCCGAUGGCAUAGAGUUGCAUGAAGGAAAAUGGUAUUUUUGUGUUAAACUUCCGCUAGGUGGGGCAGCACAAAUUGGCUGGGCAACAAAUGGAUUUAAUCCAGUGCAAACUGAUGACUAUGGUGUUGGUGAUGAUAGAUUUUCAUGGGGUUUCGAUGGAGCAAGAGGAGUUUAUGAUCGUAAUCGGCAUAGUAUGUUUUUUCGUGAAAAUGAUUGGGACGAAGAGGACGUAUGCGGCUGUGGUAUUGAAAUCGAUGGUAAAAAUACGAAUAUCCAAUAUUGGUUAAAUGGUAGAGCGUUAGGUCCAUUGUUUUCAACUUCUGAUAAUGAAACAAUUAAAUCAGGAGUUAAAACAAAUUUAUUACCAAAUGGAAUUUUUGCUAGUUAUUUUCCUGCUGUGACUGUAAAAGUCUAUCGUAAUGUAGCUCAUACAGGUGUUUUUGAAUUUAUAUUUAGUCCAGAAGAUAUGAUACAAUGUCCUCUGCCAAAAGGAUACAAACCAUUACUAAUGCCAAAAGUAUUGCCAAUGGAAAAUGUACUAGUGGCAUACCCUUAUAGUGCAUAUCUUAUUGGUAAUGAUAUUCAACAAUAUUUCUAUACGAGUCGUUGUUCAAAAAAUGAUUUCACUGAGAAGAAAAGUUCUUUGUUACGUGAUUUUGUCAAUAAUGAACAUUGUGAAGUUCCCUUUAAUAUCGAUAUGAUAACAAAAGAUGAUUAUCUAUUGAAACUAUCCGAAGAGAGUGAUGGCUUCCUGUUGUCACUAGACAAUCAUCAAUCAUAUACUAUUAGUUUUGAUUUUGAGAUUACUGCGAUUGAAAAUCGUCCUGAUGAAUUUGAUGUUGAUUUAUUUAAGUUAGAUGGCACAAUGUUUUCUAUUCAUGUCUGUAUGAAUGACGAUUUCAUCGAUGAAACCAUGAUAAAUCGACAACAUGUUGCAAUUCUAUUUCAAAUAAACGAACAAGCAAAAGUCUAUAUUAACAAUAGGUUUCACACAUUGGAUUAUUACUACGAUUUUGAUUCAAAAUUGAAUCUACAGCUUUUACCACGUCUAAAUGCUGGAAUUCGAAAUUUAGGCAUAUGGAAAUAUAUAUUAUCGGAAGAACAUAUUCGACGUCUUUUUACAUAUGGUCUCGCGUAUGUUGCCAUCGAUUAUCAGAAAUUAAAUGAAUAUCAAAAACAACUAAAUACCAUUAAAUUCAAAGCAGAACAAAAAUAUUUCACGAAUGAAACACUCGUUUCAUUCAGUGAACCAUUUAAGCAAGAUCUAUGGGAAGAAACAAAAAAAUCGAUUGGUCGUGAUGAGUCGCACUAUUUCAAGGCUAUCCCAGACACGAAUCAAUCCGUUGUUCAACUCUUCGGAAAUAAAACUUAUUUAGUUUUAAAUACUGCAAAUCAAGUAUGGUCUGAAUAUACAUUGAUUCAAGCAAGUGAAAAUUUCAAACUUCACGAUGAUGUUCACAAUUUCAUUCUGCAAAUUUUUAUUGAGUUAUUAGUAAAUCAAACGUAUCUUGAUAGUUUAGCAUUGAAAUAUUUUCGACGUUCUUUCAUGCAGUUGGAAUUAACGCGAAUGGAAAGACAAAAGCAAUUGGUUUCAUCAUUGAAUGAAUGGUCAUCGUUCUUGAAGGAUCUAGCAAUCACUCUCGAUCUAAUCAAUAUUUUAACGAAUAAAAUAGAGCCUUGUCAAUGGUCCGAACUAUUUUUUAAUGAAUCAAAGGAGAUUCUAGGCGAAAAACUUGCAUUGACGAAAGAAAUGGUUGAGACAGCUCAUAAGCAUUUUAAUAGGACUGCCGAUGAACAAGUUAUGAAAUUCAUGAAUGAAACUAUCAAACUCACGGGGAAUUCAUUAUCAUGUGAAUUUUUUAUCAAUUUUAUCGAAGCUCUACCGGCUGAGUCAAUCCCUGAUUCGACCAAGUAUGCUUCAUUUACUUGCCUGUGUAAUAUACCAUCGGUGUGCAUACAAACGCGUGUAAAAUUUGUCUAUUUAUUCAAUAUUUUUCUCGAAAAAAUCUUACCAAAGAUAGAUUUUACCGUCUCGUCAGGCAUCGGUUUUGUUGUAGAUCGAAUUCGAUCAGUACGGCAUUGUAUAUUAUUUGUAACAAAAUUUGAAAUAUUCAGUACCGCUGUAGCUGAAACUGCCGAUAGUUCAGAGCCAUCAGAAGUAAAUGUAAAAUUUGACAUUGUAAAAGCCAGUCUAACUGAACAUCCUGAAGAUACCAUGUUCUGUCAAGCAUACAAGCAAUUAUAUUGUGAUGCAUCCCGAACAUUUCGACGAAGCACUGAUGAACAAGUUUGGACGGCAAACUAUGUUGGCAUGUUUAGUGCCGAUCAAGGUGGACCCUAUCGAGAUUCGGUAACACGAAUAUGUGCUGAUUUAUGUAGUACACGAUUGCCAUUAUUUACUCUUUGUCCUAAUGGACGAACAAACAAUGGUUUGAAUCGUGAUCGGUGGAUUCCGAAUGUUUUCCCACCGAAUCGAUUCAUACCAGUUGAUAUUAAAAAUCAAUAUCGUUUUGUUGGGCAACUCAUGGGCAUGGCAAUACGUACGAAACUAUAUUUAGAUGUUCGAUUUCCAAUUUUACUCUGGAAACAACUGAUACACGAAGAAGUUACACUUGAAGAUAUUGACGCUAUUGAUAUUUCAAGUUUUGCAGUUAUCAAUGAAAUGGAAGAAAAAAUUCGAAAAAUAAAAAGUCUCAAUGAAUGUGACCAUGGUGAUAUGAAUAGCAAUUGUAACUAUUUGUUUAGUAGUAUUAUGACUGAAGAUACAUUUAAUGUUGUUAGUUCAACGGGACAAACUUAUGAACUAAUUCCAGGUGGUUUUCAUAUACCGAUAACUCUUGGCAAUUUCGAAGAUUAUUGUAUGCGUUAUCGUCAAUAUCGUAUUAAUGAAUUUCAUCGGCAAAUUGAAUUUAUUCGUCAAGGUUUGUUUAGUGUCGUACCGCGGGCUUAUUUGACUUUAUUCACAGCUUAUGAAUUAGAAGAAACUGUGUGCGGGAAAGGUUUUAUCGAUAUUCAAAUGCUAAAACGUCAUACAGAUUAUCGCAAGGAUGAUGAAUCUUCGCCACUUAUUCAGCGAUUCUGGUCAGUUCUAAGUGAAAUGUUUAGUGAAGAACAGAGAAAAAUAUUUUUAAUAUUCGUUUGGGGACGAAGUACAUUGCCGUAUAGAGAUGAAGAUUUUUCGACGAACUUUGUAAUCACACAUCUCGACACAGAUGACAAUGCUGAUGAAGCUCUUCCAAGAUCGUAUACAUGUUCGUUUACUCUUCAAUUGCCUGCGUAUUCAACGAAAGAAAUCAUGUAUGAACGUUUGAAUUAUGCAAUUACAUAUUGCUCUAGUAUCGAUACCGAUAGACGAAUGAACUAG